GCCUAACCCCAAACCAAACCACGAUUACGAAAGAUUGAAGAUACAGUGUAUGAAGGCUAUGUCGGAUCUACAGUCCCUACAGAACCAGCAUACCAAAACGCUAAAGAGAUGCGAAGAAGCUGCUAAGGAAGCUGAUUUCUAUCAUACGUUACACAGCCGUCUGCUGAGUGACCAGUCCCAGCUGAAGGAGGACCUGGACACUUUAAAAAGGAAAAACAGCCAGUUUGUACGAGAGCACAAUCACCUCCAGCAGUUGUGUGAGGAAAUGAAGAGGCUUCACGAAGACGAUCAGAAGGAGAUAACAAACCUACGCAGCCAACAACAGCAGGUUAUGAAGCAGAAUGGGUCAUCGGAGAUCUUGAACAAACUAUACGAUACAGCGAUGGAUAAGCUAGAAGUUGUGAAGAAGGACUACGAUGCACUAAGAAAGCGGUACAAUGAAAAAAUAGCCAGUCACAACAGUGACCUGAGCCGGUUAGAGCAAACCGAAGAAGAAAACAAACGUCUCCAGAAACAGAUGGACAUGUUGAUGAAGCAGAGGGACACGGCGGUCCAUUUUCAGCAGCAAUGUUCUACUUCUCUGAGAAGAUUUGAGACCAUCCAGCAAGAACUGAGCAAAGCGACGGCCCAGAACAAGGAGCUGCAGAGAGAGAUGGAACGGCUGCAGUCGGAAGCCACGAGGUAUAAAACAGUGCAGCUCAAGGCCGCCAAGGACGCAGAGAAGUACAAGGAGGAACGGGACUCGGUUUUCAGCGAGUACCGUCUCAUCAUGAGCGAGAGGGAUCAGGUGAUCAAAGAAGUAGAUAAACUUCAAACAGAGCUGGAGCUGGCAGAAUCGAAACUGAAAAACACAUCGUCGGAGAAAAAAGUGGCCAGUGAGGAAAUGGAAGCAUUAAGACAGGAGCUGAAUUCUGCUCUGGUGGAACGAGAUCGAGCCAUUUGUGAAAGGAACGAGCUCUUAGAGAAAUACUGCCACGAAGUGAAGGACAAGGCCGAGGCCCAGAAGGAACUGGACCAGGCGUGUAAGGAUAUCGAGACCGUGAAGGAAGAGAGGGAUGUCGCCCGGAAGGAGAGGACAGAAGCCAUCAUCCAAAGAGACCAUUUAUUAAGAGAAUACUAUCAAGCUCGCCAG